AUGUCUUGCUGCUGUGGAGAGGUUGAGAAGGAUGAGGAGGAGGAAAAGGUGACCGACAAGAGCGAUUUCGAGCAAGAGGAGGACCAGGACUUCGGACCUACUCCGAACCGAGGUUGCACCGACGCUUGGUGCCUCAUCGUGCUGGUGGCUGCUUGGGUCGCCUACAUCGUGGUGACGAUCAUGGGCAUGACCGACGGGAACCCUGCGAGGCUCUACCAACCCCGCGACUUCUCAGGUGCCUACUGCGAUGUGGAGAGCAACUGGAACAGUGGCCCAAACCUGAAGGGCUUCCCCAAGCAGAGCUUCACCAUGAACGUGAGCUCCGUGACGGAUGUCAUCGUCAAGCAGAUGAUGUGUUCAAGCGCCUUUAGGACGGCCAUGGUCGACGGCUACUCGGGCCUCCCCACGCAGGGCCCCCUGCUUACCGGCUUCGAGGCCGAGGACUAUCUAUGCGGCUGCUGCCUCAUCCCUUGCGGCGCCUGUGAUGGAAGCCUCAACGUGGGCGGAGACUUGGCGAACCCUGCGGACAUCUCUACGGUGAUCACCUCGAAGUUGGCGGAGCUUCGUGGGAAGGUCAGUGCAGAUAACUUGUUCUCGCCCACUGGUGCCAACGGCCAGGCUUUUGAGGACAUCUUCAACGAAGCCUCCCUCUACUUCAACGAAGUCUGCUUGACCGGAUGUGCUGCUGACUUCAGCUUGGUGAACGGCAGCGCGACUGCCCGUGAGUAUGUCUACGACAUGACCCCGGACAAUCCGCUCAAACUCGCCUUCGACACUUUGAAGGGCUACUCCGGUAGUAGGGCGGAGAUCCUUUCCAUCCAGAGCGUCAUCAGCAACGACUUCAAGUUUGAAGCUUUGCCCCUGGAUGUCUGCCCCUACCCGGCUAAACGAUGCGUGCCCAUGCCCGGUGUUGGCUUCAUGGAAAUUACAGAGGGUUCACCCUACUGCACCUUCGAAAUGACGGCGGACGUCGUGAACGCCCUAGGAUCCGCCAUGACAGACACCAUGGAAGCCUUGGGCAUUGCAGAUCUUUCCGCCAGCCUCUCAGACACUGUCGGUACUUGGGUCGGCGAUUUCCAGACCUCCAUCGAUGCGUUCCUCAUCACGCUUUUGGCCUCCUUCCUCGUGGGCUUCAUCUACAUGGUAGCACUACGCUUCCUUGUCGGCUGCUGCGUCUGGAUCUCUGUUUUCCUCUUCUUCUUGGUUCUCUGCUUCGGUGGUGCUUUCUCCUUCAUCAAGUCAUCGCAGUGCAGCGGAGUUGGGAUCUUUGAGACGGGCCAGACAAUGGUCGUCGGGGCCCUUACCACGGCCGCGGUGGUCAUUGAGAACGCCAUCAGCCAAACGACGCCGGCUUCCGAGGAGCUUUCGGGCUUGUAUGGCUCGAACUACACAGGUGUGCAGCGGUACAGCAAGCUCGGCAAGCUGUGCUACGAAUGGGGCGAUGCCGCGAUCCCGGAUUCCCGGGGCCCUUCCUACACGGCGGCCAACUACCCCGACUCGAACUUGGUCUCGAACUACUGCCGAAAUCCAUUCCAGGACACAGACCGCUACAAGGCAAAGACCAUCUGGUGCUUCACCCAAGACCCAGACUACAACUGGCAGGAGUGCAACCCUAUUGGGCAGAUCAGGCCUGUUUGCGAUGGAGGCUAUGACAUCAACAGCGAGGAGCUGCGUAUCGUCCUCGAGGUUCUUGCGUACAUCCUCUGGGUCCUCGCCUUCAUUUACUGCAUUGUUGUCUGCUGCCUGACAAACAGGAUUCGCUUGGCGAUUGCGGUGAACAAAGUGGCUUCCGUCUUCGUCGUGCACACGCCUAUGAUCCUGAUCUUGCCUGCUGUGCAGGCCCUGGUCGCUGGGCUCUGGACUUUGGUCUGGGGCCUCUCAGCAGCCUUCUUGCUCAGCCAGGUUCCUGAUGACUAUGUGCCAAAGACCGUGUUUGCAACCUACGCCGAAGCCUACGGUACGUCCGACGUACCUGGACAGUGCACCGGUACCUGGCCGACCGGCUCCGUGUGGAAAGACGAGGAAAACUGCGAGCUUGUGAACGGGACCAUGGCUUGCUGGCGGUGCUCCCAGCCGCGCUAUGGAUUCGACUGGCGCUUUGCAGUGUCUUUCUUCGUGUACUUGUGGAACAAUGCCUUGAACAUUGCCAUCGGGCAGAUCAUCAUUGCCGGUGCGGUGGUUGUGUGGUUCUUCACCAAGAACACCAAUAAGGGCAAGAAGAAUGCCAUCCGCCGAUCACUUUGGAUGGUCUUCCGCUACCAUCUGGGCUCCGUGGCCUUUGGCGCCUUCAUCGUCGCCCUUGUCCAGUUCAUCCGGUACAUGCUCAAGUACUACGAGCAGCAGGCCAAGGCGCAAAAGAAUCGGAUCGUGGUCUUGAUCCUCAAGGUGCUCCAAUGCCUCAUCUGGUGCUUUGAGAAGUGCAUCAAGUUCCUCAACAAAAACGCCUACAUCCAGAUCGCCCUGAAGGGCACGAACUUCUGCACUUCGGCAAAAAAGGCAUUCUUCCUCAUUCUUCGAAACGCACUGAGAUUUGGAACUGUCGCCAUUCUGGGAAGCAUGAUCCACGUCAUUGGCAUCAUGUUCAUCACUGCUGGUACGGCUGUUUUGGGGUACUUCACCCUCUCCGGACUCCAUCCAGCUAUGGCCCCGGCUGUCCCCAUGAUUAUCUACAUCAUCUUGGGCUAUGUCGUGGGCCGCCUCUUCACUAGCAUCUUCGAGCUUGCUGUGGACACCACCUUGCAGUGCUUCCUGUGCUGUGAGGAGAUGCAAAUCGCUGAAAUGGGGCCGGAUGGUUUCGUGCCUUCACAACUCGGUCCAUGGCUGGACAAGUCGCAGCCUCCCGAGAAGGCCUCAGAGAAGAAGGAGCUGGAGCGUCAGUUCGUGAAGCUGAGCGAGCUGGAGGCGAAAAGCCGAGUCACCCGACCGGUCCUGGCAAACAGUCAGCCUCAUGAAGCUCCAGCCUUUGCGAAAGAGCAGAGUGCGAUGCUCCCAGACUCUUCGCCAGGCGGACGCCUGCAAGAAGUUGCCAAGCAGAGAUCACUCGAAACUGCAUGGAGUUCGGAGCAUAGAGGAGGCCCGGCCCCACCGUCGGCGCCCUAUCCCAAGCAAGGCAGUAAGAUCAUGCAGCGCAUCCAGCAAAGCCCAGUCUUCGAGGAGUCUGAAGAUCAGUCCCAUUCUUUCCAACUGCCUGGAAUCAUUCGACGUGACCGCGACCACUACAACUUCGUCCACGGCCAAAGGACAAAACACUUUGUGGCUCUGAAGCCGUGGUAUGUCAUGAACCCUGACAGCAAUGGCCUCGCGACGAUCUGGCAGGUUAUGUCUGCCGCUGCCAUGGCCUAUACUGCAUUGGUUACGCCUCUCCAGGUUUGUUUGCUCGACAUCUCCUUCGACACCCUGUUCGUGCUGAGCAUGUGUACGGACUUCAUUUUUUUGCUGGACAUGGUUCUCCAGUUCUUCACAACAUACGCUCGGACGACUCCCAGUGGUGUUGUCUGGGAGGUGAGGCUGGACAUGAUUGCGAAGCAUUAUUUGCGCUCGUGGUUCUUCUUCGACUUGUUUACCAUCAUUCCUUUCGAUCUUCUAGGCCUGCUCACAAAUGCGGAAGCAUUGAAAGACCUGAAGAUUGUGAAGGUGAUUCGCACGCUUAGACUGGUGAAGCUGGUCCGGCUGCUGAAGUCCUCGAACCUUCUGCAUCGUUUGGAGAUCCCUUUCUCGCUGCCGUACCAGCAGUUCGCUCUACUGAGAUUUCUCUCCGUGCUCGUAUUGAUGUGUCACUGGCUGGCCUGUGUAUGGGCUUUGACGCUGCAGCUGGUUGACCGCAAUUACCCCCAGUGGAUCGACGAUGUGGAGGCUGUGGAUGGUGAGUUCGGCAUCCUAACCCGUGAAUCCGCAUGGCGAGUUUACGUUGCUUCCUUCUAUUUCUGUAGCUACACUAUGACUUCAGUGGGCUAUGGGGAUUUCGGGCCGAAGAACAUCCUGGAGCGGCUCGUUUGCACGAUGAUGGUGAUGGUCUCCGGGUUAUGCUGGGCCUACAUUCUCGGCGAAGUCUGUGCCAUCGUGGCGGACAUGAAUGCUGACGGUCAGCUCUUCCGGAAGAAGAUGCACCAGCUGAACGUCAUGAUGAGAGAUCAAGGACUGCCCUACGAGCUUCGCAGUCGGUUGCGCAGCUUUUUCUUGCAAAACCGACACCAGAUCCAGUAUCAGAAGCAGCUUCAGCUCCUGGACAACAUGAGCCCCCGGCUCCAGGCGGAAGUCUGCAGAGUGCUUACGCUGACCUGGAUCCGGGUUGCGGACAAAGCCCCGCGGGCCCCCCUGCCGGUGCACUCGACGGGCAACAUGGACACGUAUCAGCGGACCACGCAGGACGUCAAAGACUCGCCGAACGGGGAGGACAAGUUGUUGCUGGUCGGAUACGGCCCGGCGAACACCCCGACACACGCGAAUGGACGAACCGGAGUUCUGAAGACUGGACUGGAGAAGAGCGGCUUCGGCGUCUUCGACUGGAUGUACCUUGACAUCGACGUUCGUGCGCUGGGCUUGAAGGACGCAGAACACGACGUUCAGAGUUCCCCGGCGCUCAACUACAGAGUUCUCCAGCACCUGUCGGUCGGCCAGGAAGGCAUGUGGCACGCGCUGGUCAUGAUGCUCGCUCUCAUUUCCACGCUGCUCGAGUACAAGCCGGAGGGCAUGAAGAUCAUCCUCUCGCUGUUCUGUGACGAGGUUGAAGGCAAACGGGGCAAACACCGUGCCGCCGGACUUUCCACCCUUGUGGCACUUGCCUUGGGUCACCCGCUGUUCCUCCCGACGUUCAACUACCCGGACGUUUGGGACAUCAAGUGGUGGUCGGUCCACUUGCCACCCGUGGAGAAACGCGAGGAGGACGACCCGUUACCCAACUUCAUCUCGACGGCCAUCAUCAUGUCGAAGUACAUGUUCAAAAAUCCCCGUCGGAGGUCACUCGCUUACUACGCGGCGGCCACGCAGCUCGGCUUUUGUGAGCCGGACGUACCCGAGGCCGCGGCGGCCUUCUCCGAAGGCAUGCAGGAGGCGGACGACGAGGGCUACCAGAAGGACACAGACUCGGAGAUGAUCGCGCAGGACCUUGGACGCAUUGGCGACGACGGCUUCCUCACGGUGGCCAAAACACGCCGGGGGAGAUCGCUGGACCAGGAGGACCCUCCACCUCCCCCGAAGGCCUGCCAGGACGACUACACGGCGGUCGACAUGCUCGAGUUCCACUUGUACAUGGCCCGCAAAAAAGGAGGGCAAAAAGCGGUGGACGAUCUUUGCAUGGAGAUGGCGAGGGAAAGGGUGUCUUGGCUACUUUACAUUGACUGA